UCCGAAAGUUUUGAUUCAAAAGAUUCGUUCUCUGGCCAUCUUUGAAAGCCGCGACGAUACCAGCCAAACUUUGUUCGGUUUUCAAUCGGUGUGUGCGUUUAUUUUCAUUUUUAUUGCCAUCUUACGUUCGAAAUUAGUGCCGUGCAGUAUGACUAACAUCGGGUGCGCAAGAAUUCGUCGUAUUUCGUGAAAAAAUUAAGUUUCCGGUCGACGAGGUGGUGUGAAAAAGAUUGCGCAAAGGGCCAGCCGCUAGCGCUACAGCGAGAAUUUUUUUUUCGUUAGCUUCCGUGAGUACUGUGGUACUGCUGCUGUCAUCGUGCAUUUCUCUUUGCCACUCAAUUUAUGUGGAUGUGGGUAAUAUUUACGUUUGCUCCAACAGAGUGUGCGUGCUUUGUUGCUUUCGCGCGCGAGAGCAAAACGUAAACAAAUCCAUACCAACGUGAGUGUUUAUGGUGUGCGAAUGUUAUCAUUUUACAUUACUGGUACCUGUGUUAGUUCGAUGCUGGAGUCGGAUUUCUUUUGACAAACCAAAUUGUUUCGAUCAAUAAAAAGAAAUUGUAGUAUCAAGUGCAACAAUAAAUUUUGUGGACUGAGUGAAAUACUUAAUGGAAGAAAGCUAAAUUCUUAGCUGAGGAAAGAAUCGAAUAGUUGAUUUAUUUUGUCAAAAGUACAAACGAACUUCCUGAUCAGAAUAGUACGAAAAGAUAACGACCAAAUUCGCUACCAUAAUGGAUUUCAAGCAGCAAAAUGGCCAAACGCAGUACCCCCGGAACAGUUCUCGUCUGAAACAUCAGUCAUCUGCAACAUCCAACAUGUCUACGUCAUCCACCUCGACUGUACCACAGAAGGUCACAUUGCGACGAAGAUGCCGCAGCGAAUGCCUUCCAAUGGCACCAAUGCACGAAUCCAAAAGUGGUAAAUCCCGCCUUCAAGGUCAGCACCAUCAUAAUCAUCAUCACAGCCAGCACCACCACCACCACCCCCACCAGCAUCUGAACUCGAAAGGGGACAAUCCUUCGUUACUAAUCGAAUCUUUCAGUCUGCAAACUACCGGUACACGGAAGGUGCUACCAGCGAUUGGAACCAGUGAACUAGUGACCAGUAUCGCAGUUAACAAUGCAAAAGAAAAUGUCAUGCAUAACGGGCACAACCGGCUCGAAGGGAAUGUCAAUGCCAAGGAUGUAUACAUGAACGAUCUGGACACUUACCGGAGGGAUCGAAAAUAUGGGUACUACAUGACCGGAGACCGGCAGCUAGAAUCACGUUUUGCGCGAAAUCUGGAAAGUUCGUUUAACCCUCGCAACACAGUUUUCGAUCGAAGCAAUAGGAAACUUAGAGCACGAAGUGAAUCGGAACCACACGAGAUCUACACGAGCGCACCGGCUGUAGCAUCGUCUCUUAAUGGUAGAACGGCGCCUACUCUCAAUCGUGAUCUAUGUCUCAAACGAACUCGCGAUACUAUCUCGCCAACGUUGGAGGGCGAUGAAGCACUGGAAUGUGUUGCUUCGCCGCUACUUCUCAAAGACUCGCCACCCUCUAAGAUGAUAAACGCGACCGACGUCGUGAGCCAGGAUGAAGCUUUAAACAAUGUUGUAACUCAGCAGCCACAUCAGCGUUCGAAGGGCGUAAAGGUAUCUUCCAGCGCAAAUGGAAUUCGAGCUACGAAAACCGUUCGCUCGCGUACAGGAACAGCAGUUAAUAAGUACAAAUCAAGUCUUAAAUCCGCUCCGACAACGCUGUCGGCAAUCGUAGCCUCUGGAGGAAUGGUGUCAAGUCUUGUUGGACGUAAGUCUGUUUCACCUCCAUUGCACAAACAACUAGCUGGAUCUACCUCACCAACUCCGUCCGGAAUAUCUACGGGAACGAGCGGUGGCGAGUCUGUACAUACCCAGGAUCUAGACACAGAUACUAUUGGGCACUCCGACGUCGGCGAUGACGACGAAGACUUAGACGACGAAUGCGGUGGGGAAGAUGAUGAUUUGGACGACGAACUGGGUGACGACGAUGAGCUGCUGAAUGGAUCGAUUACCGACUCAGAGGAUAACUAUCAAACCUAUUUGGCAGCGUACCAGGCAAGGGCAAAAUCCCACUCAACUUCCCCCUCGCCGUCGCUGGUGAAAGGACCCGUGACAUCGAUUGGCUGCGUACAAGGUGGUUGUCCGCCGGAAGGACCAUUAGCGCCCAGCUUAUUCCCUCACGUUCCGCCGUAUAUAACAUUCGCAACACACGAAGACAAAGGAGCCCCGAUGCCUCCGGCUAUUCACAAAGUGCUCAAGUGGAAGAUGACACUCAUUACACCGAUCAUUGUGCGGAAAGUUUUGAUUAACAGCGGUUUCAGGCUUCUGAAAAAAACAAACGACUGGAUCGGCAUCUGGGGCAAGCAUAUGAAGAGUCCAUGUUUCAAAACGUUGCGUUCGUAUCAGAAAUUCAACCACCUGCCCGGAAGCUUCCAAAUCGGUAGAAAGGAUCGCGUUUGGCGAAACCUACAGUCCCAGAUGAACCGUCACGGAAAGAAAGAGUUUGGCUUCAUGCCUAGAACCUACAUCAUACCACAGGACCUAAAAAUGCUUCGACAAAUGUGGCCACGGUACAGUCAACGAAAUUGCAAGUGGAUCAUCAAACCGCCGGCGUCUGCUAGAGGAACGGGAAUCAAGGUAGUCAACCGGUGGUCACAAAUUCCCAAACGGAAGCCACUGAUUGUUCAACGAUAUGUCGAAAGACCUCUACUGAUCAAUGGCAGCAAAUUUGAUCUGCGGUUGUAUGUCCUGGUGACGUCUAUCAAUCCUCUCCGGGUUUACAUGCAUACUGAUGGACUGGCAAGGUUUGCUUCGGUUAAGUACAGUGAGAAGUCCGAUACGUUAAACGAUCGAUACAUGCAUUUAACCAACUACAGUAUUAACAAACUGUCAAACAACUACAGCGCCAAUGAAGAUGCUGAUGCCUGCCAAGGUCAUAAGUGGACGAUCAAAUCACUUUGGUCCUAUUUCGCUGAACAAGGAAUCGAUACCGAUCGGCUGUGGGGAGCACUGAGAAACUUAGUCCUCCGAACGAUACUAGCCGGAGAGGGGCCCAUUCAUGCUAUGUCCAAGUUGAAUGUUGCAAGUAAAUACAACUGCUACGAAUUGUUCGGAAUUGAUGUGUUACUUGAUUCAGAACUGGUUCCUUGGUUGUUAGAGGUGAACAUUUCACCCUCACUGCAUUCCGCAUCGACACUGGAUGCUCACGUGAAAGGGCCUCUUGUGAAAGCUUUACUGAACACGGUUAUGUAUCAGAUUCCUCCAAGGAUACCUCUUGCCGAACAGAGGGAAAUACUUUCAGAACAGGGUUUAGAAGGACCGCUUUGUUUCGACAAACGAAUAUACGUGUCUUUUCUGUCAAAGGCGGAACGACUGAAACACAAUCAGUUUAUACAGAAAGAUAUGGCAAGAGAUGAGUACCUUAAUACCAUUCUGGAUGAACUAACACCAGAUGAUAUACGUUGCUUGUUACUCACCGAAGACGAACUCGCCAGAAGUGCCCCGCUGGAACGCAUUCUUCCAGCCCCCAAUGGUCACCGCUACAUUGGAUUUACCGAAUAUCCACGGUAUUACAAUCGACUGUUGGAUGCAUGGGAACAGCGUUAUUGCCACAAACGUACCGAAGGUAUUGCCCUACUCCAGUCUUAUUGCGAGAAAAAGAUUCACCUUCAGGUACCACCAAGCACGUUAAAAAAGGACUCCAACAAUAAGCAACCUGAGAGUACAAAUGCCGAUACCGGUUCCCAGGACAGCGGCAUCCAGUCGGAUCCGGCUAGCUGCGAGCUACAGUCGCAAGAGUCGUACUCCACGUUCCAAUCACAGGAAUCGAUCGAUCAGAUUUCAAAUGGUGAUAGUGCAGUGCUGCCCAGUGUGGCAGUGCCGGACGAAGGAAUGAAACUGAUGCAGGGGACCGGAACAGACGACGGCGAUGGCGACAACAUUCGGCUUGGUGAUAAAAUCAAGCUGAUACUAGACGAUGCUCUUCUGCUGAAGCAGCAGCAUUGUGGUGAUACCGAAAAUGCCAUUAUAGUACAGCAGUAACGUGAGUAUAGGUUUAAGUUACGAUUUUUCUUGUAGAAACGUGAAAACCUAUUAUAGGGGAUGAGAGGAGAAUUUAGAUUAUUUUCUAAUAUCUAACUGCCGUUGAUUCGUGGUAGUUUCUUUUUUCUCGAGGGAAACUGUGUUUAGCGGGUUUUUGUUCAAAAGACUGAAUCCAAUGUGUUCUCUGGAUGAAACCGAAAUGUACUAGUAGAAUACCCAUUAAAAGCCAAUUGUAACAAAGCAAAAGCAAUGCUAGCGUACGUUCGGAUAAUUAGAGAAGCUGAUGCGUUAAAUUAGCUUUUCAUUAAUCCAAAGCAAAAAGUCACCCGCUAGGGCAGAGAUAAGAGUGAAGUUUAUUUAAGUAUAAAUUCUUAAAAAUUACUCCCUCUUGAUUCGUAACACAAGGAGUAAGUAAAACUGUUGUCCGAAUGUUCAGCUUCUUCAAAGCUUUUAGAAGCUUGGCCAAAUUGCUCUAUCUGUAUCUUUUUUUUUAGAAGAGGCUUGGGCCACCAGUAAAUUCCCGAGCCUAGAACUCACCACAGUCACCUCAGUGACAUGAAUGAUAAACCCAAUUGUAUAAUUGCGAAGCCGUGAAAAAUUUUAUUAUAGGCGUACGGAAGAGGAACGAAAGUAGGCAUGUAAUGAUAGAAAUAAAAGUCGUUUAGAAAAUAGAA